AUGUCAAAACUGUGUGGGUUGAACGUAGUUCAACUACGAGAAGAACUACAGAAACGAAGCCUUGUCACAAGUGGCAACAAAGAAGUACUAGUUGCACGUCUGAGAGAAGCUCUCAUUGACGAAGGUAAGAACCCAGACGAAUUCAAGUUUGAUGGUGCUGACGAAGACAAUGAAAUUAGCACAGGCACGUUUACAACCGCCAAAAUGAUGGAACUUCUGCUUAGUAUGUCAACUGAAAUAAAACAGAUCAAAGAACAGUCCGAACGACAGUCCGAACGACAGACAGAGGAUUUAAAACAGAUCAAAGAACAGUCUGAACGACAGUCCGAACGACAGACAGAGGAGUUAAAACAGAUCAAAGAACAGUCCGAACGACAGUCCGAACGACAGACAGAAGAGUAA